AUCAUGAAAACCUUCGACCAUGUCAACGUUCUUGGGCUUCUGGGGUUGACCUUUGACGCGGACAAAAACCCCUUGGUGGUGAUACCCUUCAUGGCAAACGGUGACCUCAAGACAUAUCUGGUCAAGAAGAAACAGACCUUGGCGACAUCUCUGCUGAUGAGGUUUGCCUCACAUGCUGCACUCGGUAUGAGUUACUUGGCUCAGCACAAGUUUGUCCACAGAGAUCUUGCGGCCAGAAAUUGCAUGGUGGAUAGUGAUCUUCUGGUGAAGAUAGCGGAUUUUGGACUAUCCCGUGACAUGCACGAAUCGGAUUACUACACAAGCGGCGAUGCCCAGGCUAAGCUGCCUAUCAAAUGGAUGGCUCCCGAGUCCAUGGAACGUCGAGUGUACAACGCCAGGACUGACGUAGUACGCAAUUAA